AUGAUGAUAACGUGCCGUCUGCUGUGCGCCCUGUUGGUGCUUGCCCUGUGCUUCUGCCCGUCCGUGUGCGUUUCAGGCACUCAGACUGGAACUGGAGCCGCCGCCCCUUCUUCCAAUACGACCACGACGACGACCACAACAAAACCACCGACUACGACCACCACCACCACAACAAAACCACCGACUACGACAACGACCACCACAACACAGCCACCAACCACGACGACCACCACUGCACCAGAGGCACCAAGUACUACGACUACAGAGGCGCCAGCUGUGUCGACCACCCGCGCACCGUCACGUCUUCGCAGAAUCGACGGCAGCCUCAGCAGCUCUGCGUGGGUGUGUGCCCCGCUGGUGCUCGCCGCAUCCGCGCUGGCGUACACCACUCUGGGCUGA